AUGGUUUCAUUACUUCCUUGUAAUCUUGACGACUCAAAUACAAUUCACUUGAGUUUAGCUCGUAGGAUGCGUUAUAUCAAAGACUAUAUCAGAGGAAAUUUAAGUCCUGCUAAAGUUUGGAGAGCAGCACUAUUUCUACAGUCAACAACACUCUAUCAAGAGUAUAAUAUCUCCUUGAGUGAUAAUUGGGUACAAGAGGUUGCCAAUAAUGAUACUGAAAACGUAGAAGAGGUUGAUAGGGUUGAAGACUUUGAAGGAAAUGAAGAAAGUAGUACCGAACACGAAUCAAUAAACUCUAGUGAGCAGGAAACGGCUAUAGUUUCAGAUCAUGAAGCUCUCAGACUUUAG